UCAUAAUAAUAUGUACCUACAUCUACAUACAUAGAUGGGAGAUAAUCCCUCUUUUUCCUCAGAACAAACGUGACGACUGUUUCGUCGCAUUAAGAAUCCAUUAAAACCAAGUGCCGAUAUGCGAUGGAGGCUGGACUGAUUAAUUCCUUUUAUCGCGACCGGGUCUGGAUAUUAUCAAGUCUUGAGUACUUUUCGGUUGAUUUAUACACAGUUUUAUCUGUGUGAGAUGGCGGGCGGCGCCGGCGGGGCCUAUCUCCCGCGGUCAGAAAGCUUCCUUUUUGAAUUUGAAGUAUGCGUUAUGUGUCCGCCGUAUCGGCCACUCGGACCCCGCUCCCCGCGACGACCCUAUUUGUACCGUCGCUGUCUAAUUAUAAAAAUAUCACGAUAUCUCGAUUACCUUUUAACUCUUUAGCGUUACAUCGUUCGUUUAUUCUUACUCUCGUGAACUAAUGCAAUGUUAUUAUAAGUACGAGACCGUAUGCGGACAGAUACGAUACAGGAAUGAUUAAUGGUCGGCCACGAGAUAUGAUGUUUAUAAAAAUAAUAGUUUUAUGUAAAUGAGCCGUGCACACAACUGGCAUGAUCAGCGAGAGAUAGCGUAUCGCCGGCUGCAUCGCGGCCGAGGCUGCCACCUGCCGCAGCCUCGCGAGCUAGCAGUCGCCUGCGAGCCUCUCCGAAACCUAGUUGAGAUACAACGUUUAUGGCAUGAGGCUUUUUAUUUGACAUUUUAUACAAGUUUAUUCAAACAGCGCGAUACGAUCUGCGACGUUAUCUUUCAAUGCAACGUUACCGCGGGCCGGCGGCGAUAGCAUCUCGGCCGGAGCAGCCAUUGCUAGUUAAACCGAGUUGAUAAGGGAUCGAGUGUGCCUGUGUGGGUGAGCGCACACGCGGAGGGGCCGCCGCCGCCGCCGCCGCCGCGCCCGCCGAGAGCCGCCAGUCACUCACUUUGAGCGGGAAAAGAAUGACGGCUCCUCCACGGGUGCUGGCGAGUGUUUGUUUCUGUCGCGCGGCGCGGUGCUAGUGAGUCUAGUGACGCUGUGAUGUUGUUGUGGCUGCAGUACCUCAAGCAGCUGGAGCUGGUCGCCGCCGCCGACCUGCCGCCAGGCGGCGCCACCGGACUCAAAACAAUGAGUGAGGACGAGGAAUGGGGCAGCGAGAGGUCCGCGAUGCCCGCCGGUUCCCCCCGCUCGCCGAGCACGGCGGGGUCGCGCGCGUCCAGCGGCGCCGCGUCCCCCGCGUCCCCCGCCACGUCCCCCGCGUCCCCGCCGCGCCUGCGCCUCAACGCCAGCCUCGCCACCGACCCGGCGCUGGCCCCGCGCGCCGCCGCGCUCAAGCACGAGCCGCCGUCGCCCUCCCCGCCGCCCGCGCCGCCCUCCGCCCCGCCCGCCGCCGCGCCGCGCGACUACCUCGCCAUCACGGCCGCCUUCCCCGCGCUGUUCCCCGCGCAGCCGCCCUACGUGUGCCAGCCCUGCGGCAUCCGCUACUCGUCGCUCAGCACGCUGCAGGCGCACCAGGAGCACUACUGCUCGCACCGCGCGCCUAGAGCCGAGCCCGACGCGCCCGACGACGACUCCAGCCAGGACGCCAAGGGCCCGCGCGCGCCCAAGCAGUACGUGUGCACCUACUGCUCCUACAGCGCCGACAAGAAGGUCAGCCUCAACCGCCACAUGCGCAUGCACUCCACCUCGCCCGUGAGCGCGGGCAGCGGGGGCGCGGCGGCGGCGGGGGGCGCGGGGGGCACGCCGGCCCCGACCAACGGCGAGGCGGAGGCGCCGCCGCCCCCGGACCGCUACUGCGCCGACUGCGACAUCCGCUUCAGCUCCAUCAAGACGUACCGCGCGCACAAGACGCACUACUGCAGCACGCGCCAGGUGGUGAAGGCGGCGCGCGCGGGCUCCGGCACGUCGGGCUCGCAGCCGCCCUCGCCCGGCGCCACGCCGCCCGCCCCGCCGCCCUCCGCGCCGCCCGCCCACCACCAGUACGCGCUGGCGCUGCCCACCAACCCGAUCCUCAUCGUGCCCUACUCGCUGCUGCGCGGCGCCAGCACGCUGCCCGGCGCCUCGCUGCCCGACCCCGACACGCCGUGCUUCCUGCUGCCCAACGGCACGUUCCAGCCGCUGGGCCGCGCGCUGCCCGCCGCCGCCGACAAGGAGCCCGAGGUGCUGAAGGCGAACAACCGCCGCGAGCCGCCGCGCGACGCCGCGCCGCUCGACCUCAGCGUGCGCCGCUCGCCCGCGCCGCCCGACGAGCACGAGAAGGAGAACCGCUCCGCCACGCCCGAGCACAUCGUGUGCGCGCCCUCGCUGCCCGCCUCGCCCGCCACGCCCUCGCCGCGCCGCUCCGCCUCGCCCGCCACGCCCGAGCCCAAGCGCCGGCGCCGCGACUCCCGCGGGCCCACGCCGCGCCCCGACGACAAGCUGUCGCCCUUCGCGCCGCCCGCCCUGCUGCCGCCCGCCCUCGCGCUGCGCCUCGACGCGCCGCAGGUGCUCGUCAAGCAGGGCGAGUCCAAGUGCAAGGAGUGCAACAUCGUGUUCUGCAAGUACGAGAACUACAAGGUGCACAAGCUGUCGUACUGCUCGGCGCGGGGCGACGGGCGCGCGUCGCCGCGGCCCGAGGCCGGCCCGCCGCCCAAGUACCGCCAGCUGAUCUGCCUCGCGUGCGGGAUCCACUUCAGCUCGCUGGACAACCUCACGACGCACCAGUCGUUCUACUGCCCCAAGCGGGAGACGCGGUCGCCGCGUGUGGCGGAGGCGGCACGGGGCGCGGGCGCGGGGGGCGCGGGGGCGGGCGAGGGGGGCGGGUGGAAGUGCCCGUGCUGCGAGGUGGUGUCGGCCACGGCGGCGGCGGCGCAGCGCCACAUGGAGGCGCACGCGGGCGUCAAGGCCUUCCGCUGCACCAUCUGCCGGUACCGCGGCAACACGCUGCGCGGCAUGCGCACGCACAUCCGCAUGCACUUCAACAAGAAGCCUGCUGACCUGCAGGAGGAAACCUACAUCGCAUGCGUGGUAGAAGACGACAGCCGGGAGGCCACCUCCCCCAGCCCAGCGGCGGGCGAGCGAGUACACCGCUGCAGCUCCUGCGCUUACACCUCGACCUACAGAGGCAACGUCGUACGCCAUGCGCGCCUGGUACACGCCACUGAGGAACCAGAGGAAGAAACCUCCCCCACACCCACUCCAGACAUAAAGAAAGAACCGGAAACUGAGCUGGAAGAGACCCCGAAUUACUGCAAGUCAUGCGAUAUUUCGUUCAAGUAUGUCAAUACGUAUAAAGCCCAUAAGCAGUUUUACUGCACUGCGCUUGCGCAAGAUGCAUCGGGGAAUAAUAACGUGACCGCGGCCGUCAGGGUCACUGACACUCCUGUACUGUAAGGUGGUGUCCGACGCCGCUAUCCUAAUAAAAGGGCAUUUUUUUCGUAACUUGUAAAGUAGGUAAGACAUGUAUCCUUGGAUUUAAUCGUUAAAACUUAUCGUGCAAUACAUAAAUGACAGAAAUAUUACUCUACUGCAUAUCAAAACCAUAUAGUGGUUUUAUAUAUUACAUAUAUGUAUGUAUCAUUGAAUGAUGUUUCGGUAGUUAGUGUAAAUAAAGCUCUCAGUCGCAUAAGUUUUUGUUAAUAACUUGUUAUGUAAAAUAGUCAUAAUUGGUAGUGUUAUUGUAACUUGUCUUCGUAUUUAGUAGGAACAUUAUACGUUAAAAACAACCAAAUUGUAAAUAGCUGUAAAGAUAUUAUUAAUUAUUACACUGUAAAAGUUCUAUUACCAUUUGUUCUGUAAGAUUGUUCUUAAUUUGUUGUUAAUUUUUAUAUUAGUUAUUCCUAGAUAUAAACUCUUGCUAAGCAGUUAAUGCUCAUUCCAUCUAUGUAUAAUGUUGUUUACCAACCAGUGGUUUUUCCUGUCAAUUUAAGCUUAAAGCUUGGUUUAAAAUCUUAGAACAUAAAUAGCAGAUAAAAAUAAUAUAUUAUCAAAAAUUCAAAGCACUUUCGCUUGCGAUUAUACUAAGAAAUAUGCGAUAUACUAAAGCAAAUUUUAUCCGCUAAAUGCGCUAGUACUUCAUGUAUUUUGACAAACAAUAUUUUAUUUAGUUAACAACAGUAACAAAAAAAACAAAUUCAGUUACUGAAAAUAUCAGUUAGGACUUGACCUGGGACAGACUUAUCUAUCUCUUUCUUUUCUAUUCCAUUACAUUAUUAGAAACAAAAAAUUUAAUAAGUUUAGAGGUUUUCUCUUUCUAGCUUAUUGGUUACCAUAAAGAAAGGCGGAGACGUUUAAACCAGGCCAUAUGUAAAAAAAAAUGUGAUUUACUCAAAAAGUCCCCUAAAAGUUCUUUAUUGUACGGUAUUAAAAGUCAUAAUGGCUUGAAACAGGGGACUUUUCAUGUAACAGUGUACUGAAUGACUGAUAUAUAAUCCUUUGACAUUAUUGAGUGGAACAUAAUUAUUUUGUCUGCUAAAAUGUAAGAUUAAGAGCCCGUUUCACAAUGCCCGGAUAAAGCUUAUCUGUGGAAUAAAAUCAUGCUGUCACUCUCUGAAAUUAUGUUUUAGUUAGACGGUAAUAGUAUGAGAUUUAUCGCACAGAUAAGUUUUGUACAGUCGUGGUGAAACAGGCACUAAAAUACCAUGUUUUGUCUAUGCCAAAGCAUCGCUAGGGUAAUCAUAAUUUGCAUUUAUCUAGGUAUCUCAAUAAUUGUAAUACAUAGGAACGUAAGAGGAAACAAGACUCCUUAGGUAUAUACUAUACGUGUAUUAAUAUGUGUUUGUCCAUAUUAAGGGAUGAGUCUCUGAAUCAAGUGUUAAAUAAUAUUAAUUAAUACGUACAGGUUCUAAUAAAGAUCUUCCAUUGCCGAAAUUGUCUACCCAUACUUUUUUGUCUGUCACCAAACUAGGCUUAACCGUAAAGUUAUUGAUAUAAAAGUUAUACCUUCUGCGGCAGCUACACGGGUUCGUUACCGACGUAGAAAAAGGUACUAUAUCGCGAUUCGCCAUAAACAAUCGCCAUAAAAGAGUUUAUUGACGUCGAUAACGAACCCGUGUAGCGGCCGCUCUACUAUUUACGUAAAAUACAUGACAUAACUUUGGCUUCUGCAGUCGAGUAACUCUAGAAUACAAAGCAUCUGAUGUAAGUGCCAUACAUUACUAGUGGGUUCUCGAAAAUUAAAUAAAAUCACUACACUGAGUAGGUUUGUGAGCUAAAAAAGAAAUCUCGAAUAAGUAAAUAAAGAUAUACAUUAUGUUUUUGGCUAUAUUAUGUUAUCUAUCGUGCAAUAAUGACUCUAAAUUCUUUAAAUUAAUCAGGUAUAUCAUUAGGGUGGAAUUUUAUUAAUGAUCGAACAAAGGUACACCGACAUACACCUUUACACCAUACUUAUGUGACAACAUAUCCAAUUUUUAAGCAACACAUUUCAUAUUUAGAGCUGACAACUAAAUGAUAUUUUAUAAAAUCUUGGCCUUUACCCCGAUCACUGAUAAAAUUUGACCAUUAUAUAUUUUUGCCUAUAUCUUCAAACUUAAAAUUGUUAUUAUUUUAUUUAAGGAAUGUUCUAUCUCUUUGCCAUCAGAAGGAAAGAGAAUCCAUGUGAUCAUUAAAAUAGUAACAAAACUGCCCAUUUCAAUAAUUCACUAUAAAAUAUGUAAGUACUUAUAUAAAAAAAUAUGUGCAAUUAUACGAACGCAAAUCCAUACAUAUAUAAAUUCAUGUGAGUUAAAAUUGUAAUCUUAUUAGGUUAUUGUUGAGUACGUGAUAAUAAAUGUAAUGAAAUGGCUGUCUUCGAGCAGCCAUACAAUGAUAUUGUAAAAUACGCCAGACAAUAAAUUAUUUAUCAUAUAUGGA